CCCAAGAUACACAUGAUUGAUACAGUACAGUAAACACGUACAUACAGCCUCUUCAGUAUUGAAAUAUGGCCAAAGUACUAGACUACCUGUACAUUCUAAUGAAGGAUGUGUAUGGAGAGAAGGCUCCAGGGAAGAUCAUGUCUGUCCUAACAGCUCCUUUCGCAGGUGGUCCGAAAACGGUUCAAGUGUUACGAGGUGAACUGCUCACUCAAAUUCCCCAACAAGAGUGGUCAGUACGCAAUGAUGGAAGACCACCUCACAACUUUCGCUCUACAAAAGACUCCAGUAUCACACUGUAUGGUGGUGAGGACGAUGACUAUGUGUCUCCACUGAAUGGCAGAGAUCUAAAGCUUUUGGAAGCUAUUGAGAAGCCAUACGAUCGAUUCGCUGUGUUCUCAGACGACAAUAAGCUGGAAUGGGGUGGCAGGCUGAAGAAGGGUGACCAGGUCUAUGUGAGGCUCCCUGGUGAUAAUGCAAGUGUACCUACCUGGUCUGCUGGUGUAGUGAGACACUUUGGACCUGUGGGGUCAUUACCAGGGAGGAACUUUGGAGUGGAGAUUUCGGACUCUCGUUACCUUGGAAGAGGCAGCAGUGAUGGUUUCUUUGGGGGAUGCAAAUAUUUUGAGUGUGAGCACAACUGUGCUCUCUUUGUGUCUCUGGAUAAGCUAGCAACUGAACCACAUCACCAAGUACCCCAUGGCUCCAUACGCCAGCAACCAAAGGGUUCUGCCUUACCAGUCCCCAGUCCACGCACUGCAGCCAACUCUUCUAACUAUGGGUCACCUGUUGAUAAGCCCUCUCACUUCAAGAUCAACGAUCGUGUGGUGGUCUACAACAAGAAGAAUGUAGCCAUGCAUGGAACUGUUUGCUGGACUGGUAGGGAUGUACAGACUAGAACACUGGACACCAACCACAUAGGGAUUGAAACAGAUCGGGUUGCUGUCACUAAGGACGUUCCUAAAGCACUGACUGGAAUAACUCACUUAUUCCAGGCUACACCUGGUAAAAGUUUAGUGGUCCCUGAGUACCUUGUGUUCAGAGAGGAGUUGGCCAACACUCGCACACCCCCAGCUAGAGAUGUUGACCAUUUAGACCCAGCAGCUGCUGCACGUGAGGAAGGCGUGAGUAAGAGACGAUUGAUGGCUGAACAACAACAAGUUUUGAAAGAAGCACAAAAAGUUAAAAAAGACAUGAAGAAAGCUGAAGAGAAUAAAUCUGUUGAGUUCAGUGAAGUAAAAGUGGCAUUGAAUGAGAGCAUAGACGUAUCAAAUCAAAAGAAACUAUUAGAAGCUUUCAACGAAGAAAAACGAGAAGAGGACCGAAAAAAGAAAGCUCAGCAAGAAGAAGCCAAACUUAACGUGGAACAGCAUGCAGGGCAAGCUAGAGGUCCCUCGGUUCAGAAACAAAACUCAUGGCACCCUGGAAGUGAUAAAAUUUACGAUCAAAUACAUGUACCUAGUGACAGAAGCAGAUUACCACAUCAAAAUGAGAGAGCUGCUGCAAAUGUUCCUAUCGAUCAUGAGAGGAUACAUCAGCAACAAGGGGGACCUGGAGGUUACCCAGCACCAACUUAUUCCCAAACCCCCCAAGAUCAUGACCCACACAGAGGUAGUGGUCAGAUCCAUAACUCAAAAUAUCCACCCCACCAUGGUAACACAAGACCAGAGAGUGUCCAGCAACCACAACCACAGCAUGACAUGAGACGAGUGAACAGUCAUAACCAAAUGACACCACAAAACACUGUGGAUCCAGAUUAUGAUAACUGGGAUAUAGUGAAUCAGUGUCAACGAAAUGACCUGUCAAAUCAACUGCCUCAAGGGAACCAACAGCAAGCCAACCCUGUGUACCCACAACAACCUGGUGCUCAGCUGUACCACAAUGUCCAGUAUCAGCAACCACCACCUGGUCGACACUUUGGUAGCGAUGCAAAUACCAUCUACAUUCCUCCAAACAACGAAGCGUAUGGAUAUCAACCUCAUCAUGAUACUCCUGGUGGGCACCAUCAAAACACUCCACCACAAGUACCUCAAGAGUACAAUGCCUCGGUAGAAAGCUCCAACCACUACAACCUGACAGUGGGUUCAACUGUACAAGUGGCCUCUGUGAACCCAAAUGACCCACCACGCUAUGGAGUGAUCAGAUGGACUGGCAGAGUAGCUGGAGUGGAUGGUCGGGUGGCAGGGAUUGAACUGGAGGACUACAUGGAUGGGUGUACUGAUGGAACUUUCAAUGCCACAGGAGAGAAGCACUUUACCUGUACCUUUGGUAAAGGGUUGUACUUCCCACUGGCUAGCCUCCGUCCUGAUGAAAGGUUUGGACUACAAGCCGGACAUGCUGCCACAUCAAUGGGGAAUCCUGUUCAAGCUCCGAUGGAAGAACAAGCAGACCAGACUAUCCAUGAUACUUCUCAACAGAUGAAGCAAUACAUUGGAAACAGCCGUGGUAUCCAGGGUCACCAGAACUCCUGCUACCUGGACUCCACCAUCUUUGGUCUGUUUGCCCUCAGUGACAUUUUUGACACAAUGUUCCUGGAACCAGACCAAUCCAUCACCAGCGACCAGAACAGGAAACGUGUUGCUGACUUACUGUGGAAGGGAAUCGUCAAUCCUCUCAGAAAGAAUGGUGUGGUGAGGUUUGAGUCAGUGAUGAAGAUGAGAAAUGCUUUGGAAGAACUCGGGAAGAUGGAGGGAAUCACUGAGAAGGAGAAAGAUCCUGAGGAGUUUCUGAACAUGCUCUUCAAACACGUGCUACACACUAAGGCAUUUAUCCUCAUCAGGCGUCCGUUUGGUGUGGAGCAAGAGUUCUUUGUCCAACUGUUUGUGGAGAACGACCCAAACCUCAGGCUACCAAACGUAGGACAAUUACUCAGAAAAAUGUUCAUAGAACAGCACAUCUCAUUCACUAAGGUUCCCUCAAAGCUUCUGCUUCAAGUUCCUCGUUUUGGAAGAGAGUUCCAAACAUACAAGAGGAUUGUUCCAGAGCUAAAACUAAACAUUAGAGAGUUGACUGACACAUACAGAAAAGCUCCAGCUCCUGCCUGCUAUAUAUGUGGGGUGGAGUCAGCUAUCCAGUGUGAUAGUUGUUGUCCUCUCAGUCAGCAGCAGCUCACCCACUACUGUCAGCGCUGCUCUGACCUCUACCAUAGCAACCCCUCUUACAAGGACAGAGCUAAUCAUAGGCUAACUGUUACCCUGGAUGCUACUCCAGCUGAUGAUCCUGGCCUGGCACAGUUGGACCUCCUCUCUGUGAUCUGCAUUGAGACUAGUCACUAUGUCUGCUUCACUAGAGAUCCAAGGAAUGACAUUGAGAAGAAGUGGAUCUUCUUUGACAGUAUGGCAGACAGGCAAUAUGACACGUACAACAUUCCACGUGUGACUGACUGCACUCGUGAGCUGAAUGAGUGGGUGUACAGUGGUGUCAGAGGCAGGGACAAGCUGUUCAGUACACCACCAAGAGAGCUACCAGAGUUGGUCCGACGGUUCACUCAAGACAUCUACAUGUGUGUCUAUGUUCAGCCUGAUGUCGCUAUGUAUGGUGCUGAUGGGGAGGACGAGGAGGAUCUAGCACUGACUCAAAAUAAAGUGACUCAAAUAUAAACUAUGGUGCUGGACAAUUUACACGGUACUGUUUUCUAUGCAAAUUCCAUUGUUUCUUGAUUUUUGUCUUUAGAUACUUAGAUACUUUAGCGUUUACACACCGUACCUUUUGUACGUUGUACGUCACCUUGCAUAUUAGACAUGCACAAACUGAGUGUAUUUUCAAUAUUCUUUUGAGAGCGGCCUUGAA